GGAAAGAAAGGAAGGGGAGGGGCGAGGCUGAACGGAAUGUGGGAAUGUGAAAGUGAAAUUGACUUCGCGGCGAGCCGAAAACGAGGCGUCUUUUCUUCUCCCGCGGACCCAUCGCUGCACCCCGGACACCAUGGCCAAAUUCUGCACCGCCAACAUCCGAGUCCCCAAAGAGACGCGCGAGAAGAUGGCUCUUUUUAGAGAAUCACUUUUGAAAGAGGGUGAAGAAUUUCUUUUCACAUUUUUACCUACAAAAAUAUUUCAAUUGGAUAAGUUUCUUAAGGAAAAUUCGCUAAAUGUUCAAGAUUUGACUACUCUUAAAGCUCCUUUGGAGAUCCCUAUUCCAGACCCCCCACCCAAAGAAGAUGAGAUGGAUACAGAAAAAGAGGAAAAGGAAGCUCCAAAAUGUGGCUAUCUCAAAGGAAAUGAGGUUCUCAUUUCACUUCUGGAUCGUGUGAAACCUGAAGUUCGUGAGUUUAAAGAAAAGUGCAUUUUGGUCACGACCUGGAUCCAGUUCAUGAUCCCCAAAAUUGAGGAUGGCAACGACUUCGGGGUUGCAGUUCAGGAGAAAGUGCUGGAACGUAUCACAGCGCUGAAGACCAAAGCUGACGCUUUCCAAACCACCAUUGCUAAAUAUUUUUUGGAGCGUGGCGAUGCGGUCGCCAAGGCUUCCAAAGACACUCAUGUGAUGGAUUACCGGUGUUUGGUUCAUGAACGUGAUGAAGCCAUUUACCGAGAAUUGCAGAUUAUGGUGCUUGAUAUCCGUGGAUUUUAUGCUGAGCUGUACCACAUCCUAAGCAAAAACUUGGAGAAAUUGACCAACCCCAAGGGCGAAGAAAAGCCAUCCAUGUACUAACAGGGAAAGAGGCAUUUAAGGGAAAACAGGCAAGGGAUGUUAUGGGGGUCAGUUUACGCUAAUAAUAGAAUUUGCCAGAAUCCGUGACCGCCGUUCCUUGCAGGGGGAGCUCAAUUUAACUUUUUCUGUUUUUUGGGGCGGGGGGCGGGGUUGUUGGGCAAACAUAAAAAUACAGGAUUAAAAAGAGAUCCGAAAUAUUUAGAACCCAGAAGAAGGGAGAUGUCUGGGAAGGGAGCAAAUAGGGUAACAAAAUAAAAUGUUUCAAUCAA